AUGGAAAGCAAGGCCAAGGAAGAUAAGAUUAAAGACGACUCCAAGCGUCGUGAUCUUUUCGUAUUUGUAAGACAAACCAUGUGCAUAGCGGCCAUGUUUCCCUUUGGAUAUUACGUCAAGGGAUCUGGAUGCCUGGCCCAUCUGGUCAGAGUCUGCGACUUGCUCUACGAGCUCUUCAACUACUUUGUAUCCGUGCACAUCGCUGGUCUGUUCAUCUGUACCAUAUACCUAAAUUACGGCCAAGGAGACUUGGACUUCUUUGUGAACUGCUUGAUUCAAACUAUCAUUUAUUUGUGGACCAUUGCGAUGAAACUCUACUUUCGUCGGUUCAGGCCAGGAUUGCUGAAUGCCAUCUUGUCCAACAUCAACGACGAGUAUGAGCCGCGUUCUGCCGUAGGAUUCAGCUAUGUCACAAUGGCGGGGUCUUAUCGGAUGUCCAGGCUGUGGAUUAAAACCUACGUCUACUGCUGUUAUAUUGGCACCAUUUUCUGGCUGGCCCUUCCCAUAGCUUACAGGGACAAGAGUCUGCCUCUAGCCUGUUGGUAUCCCUUCGAUUACACGCAACCAAUUGUCUACGAGGUGGUGUUCUUUCUUCAGGCGAUGGGACAGAUUCAAGUGGCGGCUUCCUUUGCCUCCUCCAGCGGUCUGCAUAUGGUGCUUUGUGUCCUUAUAUCAGGACAGUAUGAUGUGCUCUUUUGCAGUCUUAAGAAUGUACUGGCCACCAGCUAUGUGCUAAUGGGAGCCAACAUGGCAGAGCUGAGGCAAUUGCAAGCCGAGCAAUCUGUGUCUGACGCUGAGCCCAGUCAGUACGCAUAUUCUAUAGAGAAGCAGACUCCUCUUCAAGAACUUUUGCAACCAACUAGAGAAUCCUCACGAGACUUUGGCACAGCAUUCCGACAGUCUUUCGUACAAUGCAUUCAGCACCACCGCUAUAUAGUGGCGGCUUUAAAGAAAAUGGAGCGUUUCUACAGUCCUAUAUGGUUUGUGAAAAUAGGCGAAGUCACUUUCCUCAUGUGUCUGGUGGCAUUCGUCUCCACGAAGAGCACUACGGCCAACUCCUUCAUGCGGAUGGUUUCCCUGGGGCAGUACUUGCUCCUGGUGCUGUAUGAGCUCUUUAUUAUCUGCUAUUUUGCAGACGUCGUAUUCCAGAACAGUCAACGAUGUGGUGAGGCCCUGUGGCGGAGUCCUUGGCAACGACAUUUAAAGGAGAUUCGUAGUAAUUACCUUUUCUUCAUUCUGAACUCGCGUCGGCAGUUCCAACUAACUGCCGGAAAAAUAACCAACCUAAACGUGGAACGAUUCAGAGGGACCAUUACUACUGCCUUUUCGUUCCUCACCUUGCUUCAAAAGAUGGACGCACGAGGAUAGAAAUAACUUAGAUUUGUUUUA